AAAACAUGAAUGAAAGCAGUGCGCAGUUUAGGCCUACUUGAUGAAGAAAUCAGAGACGCGCGUUGUCAUGGCAUUCGGCAUUUAUGACGUAAUGAUAAAGUAGAUCGCAAUGUUCUAUAUCAAUUUAGCGCCAUUCGCGACACCAUCUUUGUCGCUUUCUCCCAAAUUCCCAUUUCUGAUCGGUUUCUAUCAUCUGAGUCGUCUGCGGUCCAAAAUUAUUAUUUUAUGUGCGAGUGUUAUAUAAGAUCAGUUCUUUUGGCCUACAUCAGAUCUACCAUCAAGGGAAAGUAUGGAGACUCCGGAAAGUGACCAGUUCAAACCUACUCAGGAAAUGCAGUGUCCAUCAAUUGUGGGCAGGCGAAGUGUGGAGAUGAAAAGUGUCACGAAGGAGUUCUUCUGUCUCACUGGUGAGACGGACCAAGGGAGGGUGAGUGUGUCAACACGUGGAGCCAGUAUGAGGAGCAGCCACACUCCUGGACACUGCCAAGGGAGUGAAUCUGUGCUGCGCAGGACUGUGACCUUGGAUUAUAAUGAUGGUGAUGACUAUGAUGAUACAGUGGGAAUCGCUGAACAUACAACAAAACCAGAAGUCACAGAAGGGAUGAGUGUACCAGAAACACAGACAAGGAUGAAAGAUCAGGCCAAGAUACUGUUACCACUAAAGCCUUUCAGUGAGGGAUAUGAGGCUGCAUUCCUCAGGGACAGAAUGCGAAGGCUCUGCAGAAGAUCAGAACCUCCUUUCUCGCUGUUCUCCCCUACGGAAAGCCUGCAGGACAUACUGUACAGGAAAACCAAGCAUGUGUUUGACUACACAGUCACGGACAUGAAAGACAAAAAGCCUGAUGUUUCAAGGUGGGGUUCCAAUCUAAGCCAAUGUGUUAGACCAGCCCCCUUCCCAGUACGGAAGGGCUUCAAUGUAUCCACAUCUAGGAACAGCCAGAGAAGGGAACAAUCAAUUUAUCAGAUGACGGUGAUCAGAAAAGAUCAUGUCGGUAGGCCUUUACUGAUGCUGAAAGGCAAUGCAAGUCUAACCAACAUUGAUGGAAGCAACAACACGGAUUCAUUUGCUUAUUCAUCCAGACUCACAAAGGGAAAACCAUCAACCUCUUCUCAGCCAGGAUCUGACAUCAGGAUCCCACCAGUAGUAACCAGGAAGCAUUCUGCCAUCAUCAGAGAGGAAAGAAAGAUGCACUACUACAAAGACCUGUGUCAGCAGGUGGAGGAGAAGAGACAACAAAAAGUGAGGGAGAGGAGAAGGAUUACCACCGCCGAACAAACUCACAACGAGACAAUGCAGUUCUGCACCUGGGGGAUGCCAGGGAGCGGAGCCCCAAACUACCACCUGGACUCUGUGAGAAGGAACAAGUUCAGUUGCACAGGAAUGAUACCCCAGGAACAGCUCCGCUGUAAAGGCUUCAGCGGGAUCCCUUUUCAUCUGCAUGUCAAAUGACGGCCAUUUUAUGGUCCCCAGCCCAGACGAUUGAUGCUCAGCUCAGACAACUGAUAAACCCAUUAAACUAACGCAGUAGUAGACCAAAACACUACACUCUGCUGACUUUUGUCCCAUAGGUGGUAGAUAAGUCAUCGUUUAGCUGGAUUUCAGCACUCCUUGGCACUUGUAUCCAUUGAUUAAUUUACUGUUUCAAACUCCCAUGCGUGCAUAACCACACUCAAAACAAUUAUGGAUCUAAGGUUUUACACAUUCUGAUGGUGUUCAAAUCAGUUGUGAUGUACAUAAACAGUUUUAUAUAUACACUGCUCAGAAAAAUAAAGGGAACACUUAAACAACACAAUGUAACUCCAAGUCAAUCACACUUCUGUGAAAUCAAACUGUCCACUUAGGAAGCAACACUGAUUGACAAUAAAUUUCACAUGCUGUUGUGCAAAUGGAAUAGACAAAAGGUGGAAAUUAUAGGCAAUUAGCAAGACACCCCCAAUAAAGGAGUGGUUCUGCAGGUGGUGACCACAGACCACUUCUCAGUUCCUAUGCUUCCUGGCUGAUGUUUUGGUCACUUUUGACUGCUGGCGGUGCUUUCACUCUAGUGGUAGCAUGAGACGGAGUCUACAACCCACACAAGUGGCUCAGGUAGUGCAGCUCAUCCAGGAUGGCACAACAAUGCGAGCUGUGGCAAGAAGGUUUGCUGUGUCUGUCAGCAUAGUGUCCAGAGCAUGUAGGCACUACCAGGAGACAGGCCAGUACAUCAGGAGACGUGGAGGAGGCCGUAGGAGGGCAACAACCCAGCAGCAGGACCGCUACCUCCGCCUUUGUGCAAGGAAGAGCACUGCCAAAGCCCUGCAAAAUGACCUCCAGCAGGCCACAAAUGUGCAUGUGUCUGCUCAAACGGUCAGAAACAGACUCCAUGAGGGCCCGACGUCCACAGGUGGGGGUUGUGCUUACAGCUCAACACCGUGCAGGACGUUUGGCAUUUGCCAGAGAACACCAAGAUUGUCAAAUUCGCCACUGGCGCCCUGUGCUCUUCACAGAUGAAAGCAGGUUCACACGCACAUGUGACAGACGUGACAGUCUGGAGACGCCGUGGAGAACGUUCUGCGUUCUGCAACAUCCUCCAGCAUGACCGGUUUGGCGGUGGGUCAGUCAUGGUGUGGGGUUGCAUUUCUUUGGGGGGCCGCACAGCCCUCCAUGUGCUCGCCAGAGGUAGCCUGACUGCCAUUAGGUACCGAGAUGAGAUCCUCAGACCCCUUGUGAGACCAUAUGCUGGUGCGGUUGGCCCUGGGUUCCUCCUAAUGCAAGACAAUGCUAGACCUCAUGUGGCUGGAGUGUGUCAGCAGUUCCUGCAAGAGGAAGGCAUUGAUGCUAUGGACUGGCCCGCCCGUUCCCCAGACCUGAAUCCAAUUGAGCACAUCUGGGACAUCAUGUCUCGCUCCAUCCACCACAGACUGUCCAGGAGUUGGCGGAUGCUUUAGUCCAGGUCUGGGAGGAGAUCCUUCAGGAGACCAUCCGCCACCUCAUCAGGAGCAUGCCCAGGCGUUGUAGGGAGGUCAUACAGGCACGUGGAGGUCACACACACUACUGAGCCUCAUUUUGACUUGUUUUAAGGACAUUACAUCAAAGUUGGAUCAGCCUGUAGUGUGGUUUUCCACUUUAAUUUUGAGUGUGACUCCAAAUCCAGACCUCCAUGGGUUGAUAUUUGAUUUCCAUUGAUAAUUUUUGUGUGAUUUUGUCGUCAGCACAUUCAACUAUGUAAAGAAAAAAGUAUUUAAUAAGAAUAUUUAAUUCAUUCAGAUCUAGGAUGUGUUAUUUUAGUGUUCCCUUUAUUUUUUUGAGCAGUGUAUACACACACACAUAAAUGCUACAGUGGUAAUUGACAGAUCAUGGUGAGAUAAUGAAUAGAAACAGUGGCUCACUAAAGAUAAGAUUGUACACAAAAAAGCUCCUAACUGGUCGCGGAAGCGAUAAGAUACUGUCUGCCUACAGUCAAAGAAUUCUUAUUUUUUUCAUCAUAUUUUUUACCAUUUUAUAUGAGUAAUUUUGUAUAUAUUGCAGCCAGAGUUGUAGUGAAAUAAAACUCUCCUGUCAGAUAAAGAGAGUGGGUGGAAAGAAUUGAGAAAGUCUUAAUGUCAAUGCUUUGUAGGUGAAGUGAUGUGGAAAUCUAUCCUCUGAUGCUGACCUAAUAUUUGGGUUGAAUGAUUCACAAAGAAACAAUGGGUAGUGUAACUAUAGUAUUUACAAAAAGCUUUUCAACAUGAGGACCGAUGCACAAACGAGCACUGAUACAGUAAGCUGCUCUUCAGGUGGCCACUAACAUUUGUAUAUACAAUGUACUACAAUGAUGACAUAACAUGCGACUAUAGGUAUUUUUAUCCGUAUAAAAUAUAGCUGAUUGAUCAUUGUCUAAUACAUAGUAAAUGUAUGUUCUAAUGCCUUAUUGUCAUCCACAAACUUCCUGUAAGGGUAAUUAAUUACAGUAAAGUUGAUAACAUUGAAUAGGUUGUUCCUGUUGGUGCUGUCAGGUUGACUUGCACAUUAAAAUCCAAGAGGGUGAGUCACUC